GUGGUGGAGGAGUACUGGUGGAGGACGGGAGGGCAGAGUAACACUUGUUCAGUCUUAGUGUUGGUGUUGGAGGAGUACUGGUGGAGGACGGGAGGGCAGAGAGGCAGACCAACACUUGUCCAGUCUUAGUGUUGGUGUUGGAGGAGUACUGGUGGAGGACGGGAGGGCAAAGUAACACUUGUCCAGUCUUGGUGGUGGUGGUGGUGAGGCACAGGGGAGGUGAGGUGUGAGGUGAGGAAGGCAUCAAGUCAGUGUAUGUGUCUGACAUGUUGUUUAGAGUGAGGUUCUUGGGGCAGGCAACUAUUCUGUUACUUGUGGUGGUGUGUUUAAUACUUUUAUCGGGAUGGCGUGAGGUGAAGCCCUUAGUGGUGGUUGUCCCAUCACCACACCUUCAACCUCCUCCACAACCUCAUCCUCCUUCAUCACUUCACCUCUCCCCCGAGGAUGAGGAUGAUAGCGUCAACACAGAACAGCAGAUCCUCCCCGAGCAGGAGGUGGUCCCACUCGACCCCAGAGAAAAUGAUUUACUGUACCGACCGCCCCUAGAGGUGGCCUUCAUCUUCACUCACGCCAGAGACAGUUACCCCCUACAGAACAAGUUAAGGGUGGCUGUGAGUACCCUACUGGCUGCCUCCUCCGCCCCCCUCAGGUUACAUCUCAUUACUGAUCAGGACGGCUUCCAUAUUGCCUCACAGAUAAUCAGACAAGCUCAGGAGACCAAUCAGUUAGACUCGAGAUAUGUUAAGCUUGUGUAUGUGUCGGCUGAUGACUUCAUCCCGGAGAUAGAAGAUUCCGUCACCAUACUGCAAGAAUUUUUCACGAGAAGAACCAACGCCUAUUAUCGAGAUGCCCUGUUUUUCUUCUCGCUUCAUUUGCAUAAACUUCUUCAAGGACUUGAUCGUGUCAUCCUCAUGGAUAUUGAUAUUAAGGUCAAAGGUGACAUAGCAGAGCUUCAUUCCCACUUUGAAAGGUUCAGUCCCAGCAACGUGAUUGGCAUGACACUGGAGCAGUCAUCUGUGUACCGUCACGUGUUGUCUGCCUACCGCAAGAAACACCCCAACACCACUUUUGGCAGCCCCCCUACACAGGGAGGAUUUCCUGGAUUCAACAGUGGUGUCGUCCUCGUUGACAUCAACAAACUACGAAAAUCUGAUAUUAUUAGAAAAUAUCUAUCAAAGUCAAAACUGAGAGAAAAGACAACCUACUACAGUUUUCAAGGCCAUUUGGGAGAUCAGGACCUGUACACAAUGAUAGCGCUGGACCACCCCGAGUUGUUCUACACCAUCCCCUGCGGCUGGAACCGUCAGCUGUGUACCUGGUGGAGAGACCAUGGCUACCGCACCGUGUUCGACCAAUACUUUAACUGUACGGAAGAGUUUAAGAUUCUCCACGGUAACUGUAAGACUCCAAUCCCAGAUGACUUAUGAUAGACAUUGUUGCCGUACUUGCCUUCACCAGAAGGGGCCACCAUACAGUGUGUUAAAUGGAACCUUUGGCCAGGAACAUUUCUGGAAGUACUCAUCGUACAGUAUAAAGUCGUAUUCAUUUGCACGAUCUAUUCAGAGAUCUUUUAGUCAGGUUAAGCUCCCAAGCCAGAUAAGUCAUCAGUUAUGUCUUGUUUUUAUUUGUUUACUGUAGUUUGUUUUCUCUAUAAGGCAGAUCUCAUCCACUUGCACAAAUUGUGUCUGCUGUUGAAGGUAGCUGUUGCGUUCAUAAUUUUACAAUGUUCUUGGUACAAAAAUUCACCUUCACCGCAUAUAUCUAUGAGUAAGUUUUAUCAGGAAAACAGGUAGUAUGAAUAUUGCUGCAAUGAAUUUAUGUCCCCCCAAAUUUGGAUGAUUUAGUCUUUGAGAAAGUUUUUGGAAAAUUUGUAUACAGGUAUUAAUUAGUUAUUUAUUAUUUAUUGUAUUGUUUGUUUAUUUAUUUUUAUACAUGAUACAUUUAUGUUUUUGUUAAGGAGACUGUUCAUCACUUAUGGACCAUGAUUGAGACUGUGUGUGUGUUUACUGUGCAUUUUACAGGAAAGAAACAGAUACAGUGGUCCCUCGGUUAACGAGCACAAUCCGUUCUAGAAGGUUGCUCGUUAACCGAAACCAUUGUUUCAAUGGGUUUUUGGGUAAUUGGUUCCAGCUCACCGAAAAUUACCUAAAU